AGGACAUUGACACUGCAGCCUCGUUGGCAGUUGCAUCGAUAUUCUUGCUUCCCACUUCCAAGUCCGCAGAAAUGGUGGCCACCAUAGUGGAAUAUGUGAUUUUUGAUAUGGAUGGAUUGCUGAUUGAUACAGAAAGGAUUCAUAUGGAAGUGACCAAUCAGAUCCUGGCGCAGCAUGGCAAAGAGAUGACCUGGAACAUCAAAGCAGGGUGCAUGGGCAAACCCGAGAGAGCAUUGGCUGAGCACCUUCUCUCUUUCUUUCCCUCAAUCUCACUAUCCGUCGAUUCCUACAUCGAACAAAAGAACAUCCUCAUAGACAAACUCUUACCCUCUGUCCCCCUUCUUCCCGGUGUGCGUAAGCUCGUAGAGCACCUUCGAAAGCAUAGGAUUCCCAUCGCUGUAGGGACUAGCUCCGGGCGGCUGAGGUAUGAGAAAAAGACGAGCCAUCUAGGUGACGUAUUUGAGUGUUUCGAAGGGAACAUCGUAUGCGUUGAUGAUGAGAAGUGGGGAGGAAACUCUAUGAAAGGAAAGCCGGCACCGGACAUUUUCUUGGUCGCGGCUAGAGAGCUGUUAGGCAGGGAUGUAGGUGAACCAGGGCUGGCUUCGGUAGACCAAAUAUCGGAGAGGCAGAAAGGUCUAGUGUUCGAAGAUGGGUUCGCCGGUGUGCAAGCUGGGAAGCGAGCGGGAAUGAACGUGGUGUGGGUACCGGAUAGUAAUCUUCUGGGUGUGGAAUAUACUGGAGACGAAAAGGCAGAUGUCACUCUCGGAUCCAUCGAGGAUUUCAUUCCCGAGAAAUGGGGCCUUCCACCCUAUGACAAGGAAUCGUAGUCUUGCUUUCAUUAGAUUGUUAUACGUAUAUACAGUAUCUUAGCUAUCGAUGACCGCUAAGAAAUUCCAUUCCGUAACGCGAGUAACCUUCAUUGUCAACCCGUUCGCCUUAUUCAAUUCUUGAUAAAUCAUCGAAAUCCCACAUCGAUGUCCUCCUUUAUAGAACCGACAGUGUCAAAGAUCAAAAUUCACAGGCCACUUUCUUGGGAACGUGCGCAUUCCGCGUAGCUGUUUAGUGCCCCUACUUACAUCCGUCUCAAUGCGCUGUGCACGCUCUUUG